AUCGAGUUUAAUGCAUGCGUUUCCUGAUGAAAACAAACCAAUCUCAUUUGCAUUUGUGGUUGUAAGUGAGCUGUCAGAGAGCCUAAUAGAAGAAUUGAAAAAGCUUGGUUGCAAACACCGUCCGUAGAUAUGGAAGUUUUGCCGGAAGAAAUUAAUCGACCACGGUGUCGUUUAUGUUUCCAUGCAGGUGAUAACUACCAGCUGGUCCAGGUGUUCACCAAAUAUCAGGAAAUAUCGAAACGGGUUAUGAGUGCUUUGGGUGUGAAGAUCUAUCGCAGUGAAAAGCAGGCAAGGAUUUGCACAAUUUGCGAAUCACUUAUUGAUAUCAUUCAAAACUUCCAAGCAGUAUGUAAGAAAACAAAUCAGUUGCACCAGGAACGGAAAGAUUUCCUGUUAUAUGACACCUUUUGGGAUAAUCAUGAGCAUGAUGUUGUUAAAGCCAUGGAAAAAAUUAUCCUUACCCAUCGCUCUCAGGUGGAUAAAACCAUUAGCGGCACUAUAGUAAUUCCACUAUUCGCUAAAAAUGUAAAUGAGCGAAAAAUCCCCCCAAUAGACGAAAAAGUACGGCAACAUGUGCCACUGGAUGAAAAGCAAACGGACUUUGAAGAAGAAAAAAUUGAUAAUGAACAACUUAUGUAUAAGCCGGAAAUAGUUCUAUGUGAACCAACUAUCAAUAAUGAUAUGCUUGAAAACGAAUGUGUUCCCUCAAUAGAAUUUCAAUCGAUAUUUGAAACACAAGCUGAUGUCAUUGACGAAGAUACAUAUGAUUUAAAACUGAAAAGUGAAUCGUCAACUGAAUCGAAUGUCAGCAAUGAAUCCGAUCCAGAAUGGACAAGUUGCAGAAAUAAAAUUAAUUCUAAAAAAGUUACAACAAAAAAGUCAGAUAACAAGUUUAAGGUACGUCAACGGCGUGGGAACAAAAUCAAUUACAAUGAACCAUCUGAUAACGACCUAGAUGCUAAAGUUUCGGACAAGCGAAGGCCUCGCCGGAAGAAGGUACGAAAAUCAAUUGAGUGUGACAUUUGUGGCAAAACAGUCGCACAUAGCGUAAAGGAGUCGCAUCGUAACCAACAUUUUGGAGUACGACCGUACAAAUGCGACUAUGAUGGCUGCGGACGCACUUAUUUCUCAAAGAACGCACUUAGUAGCCACAUUAAGCGUCAUGAAAAAAAGGAACACGUUUGUGAGAUUUGCGGGAAGAGCAUUAAUGGUAUUGAGUGGUUUCGAACGCACGUCAGAACUCACACGGAGUGUCCUCAAUUCACAUGUGAAGUAUGUGGAAAUAAAUUUCGCAGAAAAGCUCAACUUCAAACACAUAUGGUAACACAUACAGGUCUAACACCUCAUGAGUGCAAAAUUUGUGGAAGACAAUUUGCGUUAAAGAACAAUAUGAAGUUACAUGCUAAACGUCAUGAUAGGAAAGAAGAUUUGGAUCAAAAGAAGAAAAAAAUCACAGGAAAGCGUACAUGGAAGAAUUAUGUUAAACCGGACAGCUCUGUAAAAAGAUAUCACGUGACUUGUGAAACGUGCGGAAAACUAGUUAAUAAACGUGAGAUUGAUGGUCAUUUAAACAGACAUUUAGGUCGUCGACCCUAUACUUGCGAUGAAACAGGUUGUACUCGCUCUUUCUAUGGAUUGCGAGGAAUCAAGGAACAUAAAAUGGUAGUUCACUCGGAUAAAGUUCCACGCUAUGAAUGCAGUAUUUGUAACCGUUCUAUAAAAGGUGCCGGGACAUUUAAACAACAUGUCAUGUUACAUAAUUCAGACAUGAAGAUGAAAUGUCAAUAUUGCGAGAAAAGCUUUACGACGAAGACUUAUCUUAGAGCUCACGAACGAAAACAUUCUGGUGUACGUCCAUAUAUUUGUGACAUAUGUGGCAGAACGUUUGCUAUGAAACCAUGUUGGAAGAUGCAUAUGAAAAAAGUCCAUAACGAAGAUUGGCGUGAUCAUACAGCUCAAAACUACAGCUCAUCUUAUAUAGCACAAGAUGUAGAAGCUUAUGAUGAAAUAUUGGUGCCAGAGCAGACCCCUGUUUCGUCCAUAUCGUUAAGUUCGUCCAUAUCUGAAUUAAAGCAAGAGCCACGAUUAAUAGAACCAAUUUCUGUAAUACAGUACGAUGUAUUACAUCCACUGAGAACCGAUCAUACAUAUUAAACUGUCGAAAUAAGGUUGUUCUGGUCAACAUGUAUCAUUGAAUUUAUAAGUUGAAAAUUUGUAUUUUGAAUAAAAUUGGACAAAAACUCGCAAAUCGUUACGAAUAGGGAAUGUAUCAAGAAAACCAUACUCGUUCAAUUUGAGCGUGAAAAAAGUCUCGCUUGUUGAUAAUCCUCAAUGUGUCAUUAUGUACCUAAAAUGCUGUUGACUUCUUUUGGCAUUAAGAAUGCCUUACUCUGGAGCCAGGUGUCAAAUAAAAGUUUCAAAAAUAGUCGCGUAACUUUUUUCUGUCAUAAUUUUGAACGAUAAUAACCUAUUCAUUUGUUGAUGUAUUGAUGUAAUUUAACAAACAAACGAUUUGGAAACAUUUAACUCACACAUGUAAGACGACAUCGUUCCAGUAUUUCAAUAGCAUACUAUUGACAAAUUGGUUUCAAUCGACAUGUUUCCACGAGCCAAUUACAGCAUGCCAUCAUAAAUCAAAUAAACAUAGAUUUCCCAGUGUAAUAGUAAUGUAGUUGAGCAACCCGUGACACCAAAAGCACCGUCUGGUGGAGAAUGGGUGCGUAAAUGCUCCUAAAAUGCAUGCAAAAAGUUGCCUGCGCAUUUAACACAACCACAGUAGCAUAAAUCAAAUAAACAUAGAUUUCUCACAGUACGGUGACACUAACAGCACCUCUAGUGACAAACGGGUGUACUUUUUUCCAUUAGCUACUGUGGUUGUGUUAAAUGCGCAGGCAACUUUUUGCAUGCAUUUUAGGAGCAUUUACGCACCCAUUCUCCACCAGACGGUGCUUUUGGUGUCACGGGUUUCUCAACUACAUUACUAUU